UAUCAAGUUGGUUCCUCUUACGCUUGUCUCAAUUAUAGCUUGAAAACAAUAUAUUGGACCGGCAUCAGGUAGCAAAAAUUAGGAAGUAAGUGGUGGGGUCCCGGUCUCCUCUUCACGUCUCCGCAAGGUGCAAGGUCGACCGACAGGCUGAAUGCAACCCAACAGUGAACACUAACCACGCCGCAACCGCACCACUUUCUGUCGUCACUCCUUUCAGCUCCGACAACGAUUUGAACACACACUUGGUUAUCCGCACUGCACUAUUGCUUGACCAUACCAUUAGCUGUCGACCACAACGCAAGCCAUUCAUCCCAAGCCACCCGGAUACAGAGUUUUCAGGCAACUUGACUUGUCGUGCGAGCCCCUAUCGUAGCACACGUCUUGGGCUGGCGCGCAUCGCAGCUCUCUGUUUUCUCCUCUUCCAGUCAGCCUCGUCGACGACGGCCUUUACGAUCCCAAGCCGAGUUUAAGAAUCUUAUUUGUUGAUUCCGUUGACACGGCGAACUUCUUCCGCACUACCCACAAUCUCGACAUCGUUGCCAGCUCCAUUCAGCAGACAUGGACGGCAAGAGACACCCAAGCUCGUUCCAGCAGCUUGAGAAGCUUGGCGAGGGCACCUACGCUACUGUGUUCAAAGGUCGCAAUCGGCAGACAGGAGAGCUUGUCGCUCUCAAAGAAAUCCACUUGGACUCGGAAGAAGGCACCCCCUCGACGGCGAUAAGAGAGAUCUCGCUCAUGAAGGAGCUAAAGCACGAGAACAUUGUCGCCCUCCACGAUGUGAUCCACACCGAGAACAAGCUGAUGUUGGUGUUUGAAUACAUGGAUGGAGAUCUUAAGAAAUACAUGGACACCCAUGGCGAUAGAGGCGCCCUCAAGCCUCACCAGAUCAAGUCGUUCAUGUAUCAACUGCUGAGAGGCAUCGACUUCUGCCACCAGAACAGAGUUUUGCAUCGAGACCUUAAGCCUCAGAAUCUUCUGAUUAACGGCAAGGGACAGCUGAAGCUUGGCGAUUUCGGCCUUGCUCGUGCCUUCGGCAUUCCCGUUAACACGUUCUCGAACGAGGUAGUCACAUUGUGGUAUCGCGCACCAGAUGUCCUCUUGGGCAGCAGAACGUACAAUACUAGCAUUGACAUCUGGUCUGCGGGAUGUAUCAUGGCGGAAAUGUACACUGGCAGACCACUGUUCCCUGGCACAACAAACGAGGACCAGAUUAUUCGUAUCUUCCGCAUCAUGGGAACCCCAACCGAACGAACCUGGACUGGCAUUACGCAAUUUCCCGAGUACAAGCCCACUUUCCAGAUGUACGCCACUCAAGACCUUCGUCAGAUUCUUCCUCAGAUCGACCCUACUGGCAUCGAUUUGCUCCAACGAAUGCUGCAGCUACGCCCCGAACUUCGCAUCAGUGCUCACGAAGCCCUCAAGCAUCCCUGGUUCAACGAUAUCGUCAUGCAACAGCAUCAGCAGCAAGCUUUGCAAGCACAAGCUAGAGCCUACCCGGGACAAGGGUCUUACGAAAAUUACUGAUUCUCGGACUUCGAACCGGGGCUAGGCGCCCGCAUGCAUUUGUGGUUUACGCUCUUGCGGGACCGGUGGUCUGCUAUGCAUUAUUUGCAUCGGUAGCAAUGAGUGGCAACUUCAUGGUGGAGGGUAUGGCAUUGUUGGCAGGCUUUGCCAAAGGGGCAUUACGGGCGUUACUAAUGACUUCGCUUCUUUUGGCGUUGUGUGAGGGAUCGAGGGUGAUUAUGACAGUCGCGAGUAUCGCUCGCAACCAAGUAGUAAACAAUGCAUUCCAAGAGUCCCGCUUA